ACAAACAUUGCAACUGUAGUCGACUCCCACUCGCCGGGCAGCACAGACGGGGCAUUAUGUGGACGAGUACCAGCUGGUACCACGGGCUCCUCAUCCUCCUCGGGACUUCAUUUGUUGGUGCCUCUGAAAUCAGAACAUGGAACUGAGAUUGAAGAGCAAACCUGUGAACCGUCUCCUUGGAUGCAUUGUUGCUGUUUGCUUUUGCACAGUUUGUCCGGCUCAAAGACUUUGCACGGUGCCUCCUGGUCCGGUGACGAUCCCAGAAAACAACACGGCCGAUGUCCAGGUCGUACAAAUCAGCUCCAGCAGUGAUGUGACUCUGAGAGUCUCAGUGAACCCCGAGGAUCUGUUCUACCUGAAAGGGAACGUCCUGAUGGUGAAGAAAGGGCUGGACUACGAGUCACUGUCCAGUGCAGCUCUGGUGGUGUGGGUGCACUGCAGCAGAACUGGCUCCAGAUCAGUGAAUGAGUCUGUUGAGGUUCUGGUUGAUAACGUGAACGAUAAUCCCCCAAACUUCGCACAAAACCACUACGUACUGGAAGUGAAUGAGCUCACUCCGAUCAACUCCAGCAUUGGACUGAUAGAAGCUACGGACGUUGAUUCAGAGCCUCUGUAUUAUCGCUUAGAGUCUGCAACAGAUAAAUAUUUCCGCUUGGAAAACAUCAACACUCCAAAGAUACUUGUAAAAAGCCUCCUCGACUACGACGUCAUACAAAAGAUUUCUCUGAUUUUACAUGUACAGGACACAUUCAAUGGUUCGGCCUCCAACAAGCCGUUCUUCACUUCAGUGGCCACCAUCAUGGUUCACGUGAAGGACGUCGAUAACCGGCCCCCGUGGUUUCAGCCGUGUUUGAGGACAAACUUAGGAAUCGCCAAACUGUGCGUGAGCACCGGCUACAGAGGCAAAGUCAACCUCACCGAGAAAGAGGAGGGGCCGUUAGUGCUGGAGCCCGGCCCGGUGUUCGCCAAGGACGGAGACAAGAAUAGGAGCGAGCAGAUCAGCUACAGAAUCCUGCGAGGAAACGAAGGAAACAUCUUCCAGAUCGAUGAAGAAACAGGAAACAUCACCAUGGCUAAAGCUGCUGAUAUUGUCGGCCCAAUAACUCUCACUGUGCUGGCGUCUCAGGUGACCAACAGGGAUCAGUUUUCGGUGGCGCAGGUGACCAUCGAGGUGAUGAAGAAGAGCAGGAACCCUCCUCGCUUUGAGAAGGAGCGAUACGAAGGAUUUAUCUACAGCAACUCUGUCCCUGAGAGCAUGAUCCUCCGAGACCGGAGCACCAACCGGCCCUUCAGGGUCCGAGCCCGGGACGAGGACUUCGCUGGUGGUGUGAAUCCAGAUGUGAAAUACGAGGUUCAGUACAGCAGCUACGUCAACGUGACCUCAGACGGUUUUAUGGUCCUGAAGCGAGUGGUGAAGACAGAGUCCUUCGCGCUUCAGCUCAGAGCUGUGGACACGACAACAGGGGAGUUUGGCACAGCAGCUCUGUCUGUUCAGGUCAUACCCGCCGUUGCCAUCCCAUCUCCCUCAAAUAUCGGCUACCGUCCCGGUGACAUGGCUCUCCUGGGUCUGGUCAUGGCGGCUCUGCUAGUCCUCUGCCUCAUUGUGAUUGGCUUCUUGGUUUCCCGCUUGUGGAAGGGAAACGCCAGCAUGGACAAAAUAUGUGAGUGCCUGGGCCCCUGUCUGAAGUCGGACCAGCCUCGGACGGGCCACAGGGACUCCCUGCAGUACACCAACGACGGCUUCCAGAACGAGGGCGACCAGAGCCGCGGGGGCACCAGGCGCUGGAACAACGCUGUCCCAAGACGGAGCACCUUCCCCCAGGCACGGGGUCGGGUCAUUCCCCUGGAGAGACGGAGCCGCCACUGCUCCUCCUGUGGCAUUUACACCAACCACGUCCCCAGGGGGAGCCCCUCAGUGAGACCGGCCAGGAGGGGCAGAGGAGACGGGGACGAGUAUGGCAUGAGGUCCAUCCUGAGCAAGCAGAGGAGGAAGGAGGGCCAGAAGACGGUGUGGUUCAAGGAGAGCGAGGACUCCUCAGACAUCGAGGUGGAGAUUAUCCCAGACACUGUGGGCCGGGUGGAGGAGGAGACUGAGGAGGAGCUGGAGGGCGAGGUGGAGAUGGAGGGGGUUGUCAGAGACCCAGCUGCCCCGCUAAGAGAGUCUGACGGUGGGCAGGAGAGCCAGAGCACAGGGCCCAGUGAGGAGCAGGACUGUGGAAAUACCAGCCCAGAAAAAGUGAAGGGAGGCCAGGAGCAGGAGGACUGACAGCAGAGGUCAGAGGUCAGAGGUCGAACUCAAGUCAGAGAAAACUGAGCAGAAUGCUGAUUGUUUUCUUGUCACUUUUUGGAGACUACGGCCCAGAGCAGAGUUCUCAGCAGCCCAGGAUUACACCAACAUCUCUGGGUAUCUGCCAAACCUCAAGAACAGAUUCACGGAUCCAAAAAGUCUUUAUUUUCUACUGUGAAUAUUAGAACAGGGCAUCUGCGGUCAAACCUUUGUACAGUGUUUAAAAAACAUAUACUUGUCACUAGUGUUAUAAUGUCUGAAAUAAGAACAGAAGUUAGUCAUCAGAGAUUUUUCCACAACAUUUACACAGAGGUGACUGUGUGACAGUUUCAUGCAACUUGGGUCUUAAUUCAUCGUUUGGGUUAAUCACAUCUGCAGCGACGUCGCUGUCUGACAGGGCAAAAAACAAGUCAAACAAAAGGAGGAAAACAAAUGUAAAUGCUAAAUUUAUUGUGGCCAUUAGACACAUAUACAACAUUAGACACUCAUAACAACCUUCAAAGUUUAGCCUAUCAGCCUGGUAACGUGUUUAAGCUAAACUCCUGGGUUGUUUCCAUCUGUUUAUGUUUCUGGCCCCAUCAGACUUCAAUGUAGUGAUGUUACCAUGUUCCCAGAUCUCAGCAAUUACUUUGGUGAGAACAAUGUUCUGGUCAGAGAUAGAACAGACGCUCAGAUCCACUACAAUAAGACCCAGGUUGAUAUGAAGCAGCCUGUGGGCAAAGUUGCAAACCAGUACACCAGACUGCUUGGUACCACUUUCCAAUAAGGCACAAUUUAUAAAGGGUUUACACAGUAAGUUGCAACUAAAGAUUAUUUUCAUUAUUAAUCGGAUAAUUGUUUGGUGUCUAAAACAGAAAACAGUGAAAAGGCCUGUCACAGGUUCCUAAAGCCAAACAUGACUGUAACUAAUGGAUGCAGCUCACGUUAUAACUAAUGGCUUUUCUUAGUUAUUAAUAAAAUGAAAUUAUUAAUGAUUUAUAGAGAAGUUAUUAGUCAUUGAUAAAGAAACCUUUGUUUUCUCAGGUGAAGAAGUUUAACUCCCUCUAUCAUAAAGAGUUUAAAGCCAUUUGAGGCGAAGUUGUGAUCUUAUGUCAUAAAUAAAACGGAACGUCCUUCAAAAUCAGAGUUAUUUUAAAAAAAAGUUUUUCUCUCUAAUAAGACCUCAACAAAAAGUCUGUCAUCAUCAUUACAUAUGUUAAUAAGUUAUUAAAAAUGGGUUUUUGUAAUAUGGUCUGCAGUUAUAAAGUGGUCAGGUGCUUUGUUGGAGCCGUUUACCUGAUGAAGAGAUAAAAACAGACACCAAGUCUUGUUAAUGGUUUAGAACUGAUCAAUAAUACAUCAGUAACACAUUUAUUAGUAUUUAAUAAACCUGUUAUAAAGGUGCCUUAAUUAGAAAGUGUUAACGGUCAGGUCAUUGCAUUGUUGGAUUUGCAGGAUUUCUGCAUUAAUGUGAAUAAGUUCCUGUUUGUUCUGUGUUUAAUUCACUUCAUUAGCCAAAAACAGUCUUUGGCUAAUGUUGUCUGUUUGUUUUUAAAUUGUUUUGCAAUUUGAGUUUCCCAAAAAAAAAAAGAAAAAAAUUUCCCAUUGUCACAGGAAACGUCUGUAUCACAACAGAAAAGUCACAUAUACUGUAAAAGAUUUGAUCUCCCACACUGAGUCAGACCAAAGGGCCAAUAACUGAAGAGAGAUUUGUCUGCAGUGAAGCUGGUCACCGUCGUGCUGUCAUGGUUUCUCUGCACAUGUUCUGUACAAGCUUUACUAAACUGAACCCGUGGUGUCUGGAUUUCAAGGUGAAAAACAUAUGUGAAGAGAAACUUUAUCUACUGAAUACUAAACAGCUGAGAGGACUUUUCUAUGUGGACUGUAUUUUAUUGAGCAUGUUGAGUAAAAUAACUACUUGUAUGGAUAAAAUCUAUGGUUAAUGUAAAGUUGACUUUUUGUACAUUACAGUGAUUGAUGUUAAGGGUGGGAGGAAUAAUAAAGUUUGAAG